UUUUGAAAUAAUGGCUCCUACUACUGAUACUAAAUAUUUCCCCUCCGAUUCUAAGCAAUUGAUGUCUGUUACUCGUGAUGGCCCGUUGUUCAUCUUGACCAUGCUUGAUAAUGAGAAUCGAUUCACGAAGGAAUUCUGCGGCGGUAUCUGCGAUGCGCUCGACUAUGUCUCUGAUAUCGUCGAUAAGGAAGACCUAAAGGAAGCUGCUCUGAUCACUCGUGGAGGCGCUGAGAAGUUUUAUUCGAAUGGUCUUCAUUUUGAGAAGGCUUUGGCUAUCCCCAAUUUCCCAGAGGAUAUCUUCAUGCCUAUGCUUCAUAAGAUCUUGAUGUUCUCUCUCCCAACGGUCGCUUGUAUUAACGGACAUGCAUUCGCCGGUGGUAUGUUGAUGGCUAUGACGCAUGAUUAUCGUGUUAUGAGGAGCGAUCGUGGUUUCAUGUGCAUGAACGAGAUUGAUCUUCCUGCUCCUCUGCCUACUGGGAUGUCAGCUUUGUUGCGUUACAAGCUUCCUCAUCACGUCUACCGCUCUGUGGUCUUGGAGGCUAGACGCUACUCUGCCAAGGACGCAUUGGCGAGCCAUAUCGUCGACGCGAUUCCCGAUAAGGAAGGUGUUGACGCUGCAUUCGAACUCGCUAAAACCAUUGCGCGCAAGGUUGCACCCAAGGCCAAGGCAGGAUCCAUUAUCGGACUUAUCAAAGAGGAUAUGUAUCCUGAAGUUGCUGCUUUCUUACUUAACAAACAUGCCAAGCUGUAA